AUGGAUCACUCGAAGGACUCCAAUAGACUAGACUCUGGAGACCAGGCUGAGGUACCCCGCGCCGCCUUACAGGAGCUCACUAGAGACCAUAUUCUCCCAACUUGGGAGCAGCAUCGCAAAGCUGGCUUGCCAAACACUUGGGAGGUGAAAAUCAUCCUUCUCCCAUCGGCAUUGUGGACGACGCGGCCGGAGAAGGGGUCAGACCAGUAUCUGCGACUCAAGUCAAGGAAACUAAUCGUCACCAAAAUCAUCGGCGGGCGUGACGCUGCAACCAUCGAGCAUGCAAUCUCGACCCAGUUUGCCGAGGUUCUCCGUAGUGAACAAUGGAUGCCUCUGCAAACGUUAUGGGAUCCUAUCAACUGUGAGGUCCGCUUGUCAUCAUCAGCGGCCCUGAGCGGCUCCCAUAACAUCGACUUCGACUUCCUUGCAGACCAUUGUCUCAUGCGGACCGAGAAGGAGAAACUGUACCUAUUCAUAGCCCCCAAAACUAGUAAGCUCUCUUGGCAGUUCAUCCGGCGCCUACCAAGAGCGCGCUUGCCUAUCUCCAGCUCGGUAAAAGAGGAUUUCUGGAACUCAGACUUGGAUGAAGCUGGAAGUUCCGAAGACGAUGGCGAUGACUAUAUUCGUUCUCAAUCAGAAUCUCCAAAGUCCCGCUCGAAUAAUGGCCUUGGAAUUCAGCUCAGAGUCAUACCACAAGAGGUUCGGACAAGCCUGGCAACUCUACUGACAGCCCCUGAGAGUACCUCCUUGGAGCGUUCUACAACCUCCGCCGAAGGGGAGAAUCCUCAAGAACGUAAAGCAACCUCUCAGGAUAGAACAAUUCGCAGCCCCAAAGGAAAGUAUCCUUGUCCGUACUCGGAUUGCGCUCGCUCAAGGAUACCAUUUUCGUACGAGGAAUACGUUAUCGAACAUGUCAGAGGUCGGCAUAAGGACCCGAAUUACGGCAUUCGUGCUGUGAGUGGUCUUUCUUCAGUGGAGAGCGCUGGUUCUGAGGCAACACAGGUUGGAAAAUUUACAGAUUCAGACUUGGGACGUGAUACAGAGCAUAUCGUGUCGGAAGAAUCAGUGGCAACAAUUACCAGGACGGAGUCUACAGGAUGCACCUAUCCAGAGCCGACGUCUACAAGAGACCGAACACGGGAGUUCUCAACUUAUGACCGUUGUGAGAAUAGUACGCCACGAUCAACAGGGGCUGACGAGAUCGCGCAGGCUAUCGGCGCGAUAUACUCUACUUAUCCCAAACCCGCUUCAUUAGCUAAUGUACAUAGUAAAAUGGAUGACAGCUCACGAGCGAGUCAACCGGAACACGACCCUCCUGUACAUACAGCAUCAAAAGAUGCGACGAUCUCCCUCGAAGACACUAGCGUAGAGCCGCUUCAAAGCUCGCCUUCAAGGAAUGGUUAUCCUGAAUCUUUGUCAGACAAGAUCGAUGAUACAUCCGUGGAUGCAAUUACCGGCAAAGGCACAGAUGGAACAUCAACCGAAUCGCAACAAACAAAUCAAAUACUCCAUGGCAAUCUCGCGAUUCGUACCCGGACCAGUACGCAUGCUGCGUCAGGAUGCCAAGCGAAUCGUCCGUCUAACGGCAACGCGGCGACUUCAAAUAAGAAGCACCCUGCCAACAAGCGACGCCGUACUGAAUCAGGAAGAGACCACCCCAAUGACAACGGCGAUGAGGAGAGCGAGAGCGACCCUCCCAAAGAGCCGAAGGGCCUGGACAGUUCUGAUGCGAAUGAACCCAGAAUUUUUGCCUGCCCAUUCUACAAGCGUGACCCGAGGACAUAUCGGUUAUGUGUCAGUAAAGCCUGGACAAAAGUGCACCGGGUAAAAGAGCAUCUUAAACGAAAGCAUAUGCUGCCUCCGCAUCAGUGCCGGAGAUGCUUCCAAAGAUUCGAGCAGCAGUCGCAACUUGAUGAGCACGUUCAGGGAACGCCAUGCGCGAGAGCAGUCGAGCCAGACGCCUCUGUAGGCGUUACAGUGGAGCAAAUGACGGAGCUCCUCAAAAAGAAGAAGAACUUGAAAGAGGUUGACAGGUGGAAUGAGAUGUACCAAAUCUUGUUCCCGGCGGACAGCGCUGACGAAAUUCCAUCCCCGUGGCAGUCAACCAGCCACCUUCUUGAUGUUGAGGAAUACCGCACGUACCUCAGACAAGCCUCGCCAAUGAGCCAUCAAGAAUGUAUGCGGCGGAGUUUUUCGGAUAUCAUCGCCACUUGCCGCGACAACGCAGCCAUCAGUCAGGAAGAGCUUGUAGCCAAGCUUGUGGAUAGUGCCCGGCAGCAGCAACUGCAGUCGUUGGAACGGUUCCUGGAACUGAAGUUGGCUAAGAGAAAGUCAGUGGACCUUGAACAAGGUUCCUGCGGCCAAGCUGAGAGCUCAGCUGUACAGACGGACUCCUGCCUCAGUCCCGAUCCUCCGGCGCAGUGGUGGUCGCAGUUAUUCGGCUCUGAGCUGGAUCUUGGUUAUGAGGAAGAUCCUUUUGAUUUUCAUCAGUACACCUACUCGGAAACCCCCGUGGAUCAUUCAGGUGUCCCCGCUGGCUCCACUCUGACGGAUCAUCUCUUGCCACCUUUCUGA